AUGCUACAAAAAGAAACUAAGCUAGCAAAGAAAAUUGGAUGCAAGGUUCUUGUUUGCCUUUCGGCUGCAUCCAAUGUUACUGGAAUCCUCGUCGAUACCCUGAAAAUAUCUUCCCUCGUUCACCAAUAUGGCGGUAUAAUAUUUUGGGACUAUGCUACGGCUGCCCCAUAUGUCGAAAUUGACAUGAAUCCACCAAAUAGCACAGGCUAUGAGAACGCCUACAAAGACGCUGUUUUUUUCUCCGUCCAUAAGUUUGUGGGAGGUCCGCAAACUCCUGGCAUUUUGAUUGCCAAGAAAAGUCUUUUUGAAGCCGGACAACUAUGUCCACAUACUAGCGGUGGUGGUACAGUAGAGUUUGUUCGUCGAAAGAAGACUACUUACUUAAAAGAUGUUGAAGGACGAGAAGAAGGUGGAACACCGGCAAUUGUUGAAUCGAUUAGAGCUGGACUGGUUAUCCAGCUACAACAGGCAAUAGGAACGGAUCUAAUCGCUGAACGCGAGCAUGAAUUAGUCUUGCGAGCGUGGGCGAAAUUCAGCAAAUGUCCAAACUUAAUUGUGCUUGGCGGUAGCAAGGUAAAACGGCUAGCCAUAUUCUCUUUUCUCGUUCGCCACACACGCGAGCUGGCAAUACAACAAACGUCCAGUUAUGCUGAUGAGGAUAAUGCGUUCCAGCCGAGACUGCGAAAAGUCCCUGACUCAUGCCUUUUUAUCCAUCACGACUUUGUGUGCGCCCUCCUCAAUGAUCUCUUCGGCAUUCAAUCGCGAUCCGGCUGUGCGUGUGCCGGUCCUUAUGCACUCGACCUUCUUGGUAUCAACGAACGUUUGGCUACAAGCUACGAAGAGGCACUUAUUACAGAAGACAAUGAUGAGAUACCAGAACACAGAGUGCUGCGACCUGGCUUCACACGCAUUAAUCUACCCUUCUUCUAUCCGGACGAAGAGAUCGAAUUCAUAUUGGAUGCUAUCUGCUUUAUUGCAACCUACGGCUGGUACUUCCUGCCCUUCUAUGAAUACAACCCGUCAACCGGCUUUUGGCGCUACGCCAGUGACAAUCGGACGGUUACAGCAAAGCACCUCCAUAACAUCUCCUACGAGAAAGGCGUGAUGCGGUACAAGAAGGCAGCCAUUCAGUCGAAUGGCGAGGCACCAAGGAGCUUAAAAGUUUGUCAUUACUCUUCAUUUAUAUCGCCAUAA